AUGAAUUCCGGCGAAAAUACAACAAAUAAAAGACAAUUCCCGGACCAAGAACCGUCUACACCGUUGUCUGACUACGCAAAGAAGCGUGAUGAGGCAAUUAAACAGAGUUAUCUAGAGAAAAUCGAGUGUAUUGGUAUCGAUCCAAUAUUGAUACAGGGGAAGAACUUCGACCCUGAUUGUCUACCUCCCGUCGAGUCUGCAGACAUAUUGACGUAUUUGGUUCUCGAAACAAGUUACUGUACGAAAGAUCAAUUUAAAAAUUUCCGUAGUCUGGAAGCUUUUAACCAACUGGUUAGCGGUUUUGUCACUGGCGUUCAAGGUCACAAGAUCUCGGAGAAAUUUGUUGUCCUUGCGAAAGUUCGUCACUCAGAGCGAAUGAAUGACACAUUACUAACUGUGUGGAUUAUCUCCGAAGAAAGUGGAGUCAUUAUUGGAGCCCAUUGCUUGGGUUGCAAAGAUGGUCUUGCUGAAUCGUGUUCUCAUAUCGCUUGUGUUUUGUAUUACCUUGAGUCUUGGACAAAGAUCCACGGAAAACUUGCUUGCACUCAAAUGAAAUGCCAAUGGAUUCUUCCCCCUUUUGUUAAAGAUGUUGAAUAUGCAAGGUAG